AUGGUGACGAUGAACCAUGACUACACCAAAGGUCAGAUGAUCGGCCUGGCGAUUGGGUUUAUGAUCAUUCCUACAGUGUUCUAUGGACUUCGCGUCUGGGCGAAGCUACUCGUCAAAAGAUUUGCAUGGGACGACUACCUAACCGGAGCAGCGCUCCCCACGUUCCCCGACGGCUCUCCAAUUAUGGAUGAUCCAGGGUUGAUAUUCUUCGAAGAGACAAAGUUUGCACUUAAUAUGAUUUCAAUCCCGGGCUUAGGGCUCGUCAAAUCAUCCAUUCUCGUGUUGUAUUACACCCUCUUCCCAAGCCAAAGGUUUCGCUACGUCGUCUUUGGGGUACUAGCCUUUGUGAUCGGAUGGACGGUCAGCUUCUUCUUCUCCCAUCUCUUUACUUGUUUCCCCAUCACGGUGUUCAUCGAGCCCUACUAUGGCAACUCGUGUGUUCAGACGGUACCGAUGUUCCUUGCGCUUCUAUUCACCGACGUCAUUGCCGACUUUGUCAUCCUCGUACUACCUGUCGCGAUGGUUCUCAAAGUCCAGAUGCCCCUCAAAAAGAAACUUGCAGUCAUCGCAAUGCUAGGACUUGGCGCUGCCGUCUGUGCCGUGAGUGUCACGAGAGUGGUAGCUACUUUUGCUAUCGCCGAAGAAUAUGUCAAGCAUCCUAACGAUGUCAUCUAUUACACCGCCCCCGUUUUCUUCUGGACCAACAUUGAACUGUCGCUGGCCAUUGUUUGCGCUUGUCUCCCAACACUCCGGCCAAUCUGGGUGCAUUUCUUCCCCAAGCCCAUUACGACAGGAAACGAUUCUUACGAGUACGGAUCAUCACGACGUAUUGGUGGAAAGAACAGUAUGAGAACACCGAGAACGCCAUAUGAAGAGCUCGAUGAAUUAGAAAUGAUUCGAAACGACGACAAGACGCGCUCAGGCUCCCCAGAAGGACGAGAGAUUCUGAGAGAGACGACGAUUCAUCAGACGAUUGAGCCUUCGGACAGCUCGAGUACUGCCAACUUAAGGACCAAUGGUGUUGGAUUAUGA